AUGGCUUCUGCCGACCUUGCCCAAGGCGAAGGAAGUUCCGCCACUGGCAGAUUGCCCAACGAAGAGGGAGAGUCUCAAGCGGGAAUCGUCGCUGUUGAUGAAGACGUCGAUUCUGCUUUUGAGGAUGGUGAUAAUUUUUCGUACUCAUCAUUGCGAGAUGACUACUGGGGUCCUUCUGACGAGCAGCAAUAUGAAGCCUUGAAUGCUGGCCAUUUGCUUUACCUGGUCCUGGAUGGCAAUCAGCCGAAUCCAUUGUUUCGAUCGCCGAUCGCAGAGCCACAAUAUAUCCUCGAUGUAGGGACAGGACCUGGCACAUGGGCGAUUGAUGUCGCCGACCAAUUUCCUUCUGCAAUGGUGUAUGGCGUUGACCUCUCUCCGCCACCCACGAUAUGGGUGCCCCCCAAUUGUUUCCUCCAGGUGGACGAUGUCCUGCAAGAUUGGACGUGGCGAGAGAAAUUUGAUCUGAUUCAUAUGCGCCUCAUGUUGGGGGCUUUCACAGACACGGAAUGGGCUGAGGUUUACAGGAAAUGUUUCGACAACAUGAAACCAGGAGGAUACAUUGAACGAGUCGAAUUGGACGUACGGGUAAUGUCUGACGACGACUCUCUCGACCCCGACUCGCUGUUGGCUGGGUGGGGUCAGAACUUCCUCGAUUGCGCACAGCGAGCGGGUCGUCCUCUAGACACGCAAUUGACCAUGAAGGCCAAGGUCGAAGCGGCUGGGUUUGUGGAUGUCCAAGAACAUCUAUACAAAUGCCCAAUCGGACCGUGGCCCAAGGACAAACUCCUCAAGGACGCCGGAAGAAUCAAUCUGGUCCAUUGGAGCUCCGGCCUGGAAGGAUGGGCAAUGUUUUUGUUGACACGAUGGGGGGCUCCGGAACCAUGGACUGCGGAUGAAGCCAGAGUAUAUGUUGCCAAAGUGAGGGAAGAACUGAAGAAACCGCGGCUGCAUAUAUGGCAUUAUACGUAA